AUGACAACUGGAGUCACACCACCCUCUGAACACUGUCCCACCCCACUCCUUGAGCUGCAGAAUGCAGCCCUUGUCAUUGAUAACACCCUCCAAGAGGAGCAUGCCAGCCACCCACCCAAGAGUAUCAAGUCUAGCAGCUCUUCCACUACUACCCCCAAAUGGGGGGUGGGUGCAGGCCAACAAGCCACCAGACAAAGUCCUCUCUCCUCUGACCCCAACUUUGUAUUGGAGGAAGAACAUAACUGUUGCCAAUCAAAGGCAUUAUGCAUCAAGUGUGAGAAGACUGGUCACAAGUUUGCAGGCUGCACCAGAUGGAAGGCCAGGGAAACUGCCAAAGUUGCCAAGAGUCUGGACCUGCUUUAG